UCCAACUUUCACUCGACAUCCUCACGUUAACUUCUGAAAAUAAGUACUUUAACCAAGGAACACGUGUUAGCUCCGGCAGCCGAAUCAUCAACAGCAACCGCUUACCUGCUUCCGAAAUCUUCCACUCACUCUCUUUGCUGCUGCACUUCUUAGCGUCACUCAGCUUUUCUCCAGGGAAGAUCGGAACCACCAUCUCCACGCGCAGAAAUGUCCGACCGUUUCUUUCCAAACCGGAUGCCACGCUCCCUUGCCGAAUCACCGGCGGACCAACUCGCAGCGUCCGAUUCCGAUUCCGCCAACCACACUCUCAUUCCCACAGAGCUCCUUCCACUUCCCGACGCUGCACUUUCCGAUCGCCUUAGACAGACAGCUCUCAACCUCAAAGAAACGGUCGUGAGAGAGACGUGGGCGUUGGGUGGAAGGCAUGUGCAGGAUUAUACUUUGUAUACUGGAGCAUUAGGGACGGCUUUCCUGGCUUUGAAAUCCUACCUAGUUUCUAAAAAUGAGAAUGAUCUCAAAUUGUGUUCUGAGAUUGUCACUGCCUGUGAGUCUGUAUCUAGAAAUUCGAGGCGUGUGUCAUUUAUCUGUGGCCAAGCUGGAGUUUGUGCUCUUGGUGCAGUUGCAGCAAAGCUCGCCAAUGAUGGAAGCCUAGUCGAUCAUUACUUGGAAAAGUUUAAAGAUAUCAAACUACCUAGUGAUUUACCAAAUGAACUGCUAUAUGGCAGAGCAGGGUUCCUAUGGGCCUGUUUGUUCCUAAACAAGCAUGUUGGUUGGAACACAAUAUCUAACACUAUUAUGAGAUCAGUGGUGGAUGAAGUCAUUGAGGCUGGUAGAGGAUUGGGUAAGAAGAGGAAAUCUCCAUUGAUGUAUGAAUGGCAUGGGAAGAAGUACUGGGGUGCUGCCCAUGGACUGGCUGGAAUCAUGCAUGUCUUGAUGAACAUGGAACUGAAACCAGAUGAAGUUGAGGAUGUCAAGAAUACGUUACGUUACAUGAUAAAAAAUCGAUUUCCAAGUGGUAAUUAUCCUUCGAGCGAAGGAAACAAAUCUGACUGUCUGGUGCACUGGUGCCAUGGUGCUCCUGGGGUUGCACUUACCCUCGUAAAAGCAGCUGAGGUUUUUGGAGACGAUGAGUUUCUGCAAGCGGCAUUGGAUGCUGGGGAAGUCGUGUGGAACCGUGGUCUGCUGAAACGGGUCGGCAUCUGCCAUGGAAUUAGUGGUAACACGUAUGUGUUUCUUUCACUUUACCGGUUAACCGGUGAUUUCAUACACUUGUACAGAGCCAAAGCAUUUGCAUGCUUUCUGCAUCAGAAUGCACAAACGCUAAUUUCAGAAGGAAAAAUGCAUUCUGGUGAUAGCCCUUAUUCCUUGUUUGAAGGAAUUGGGGGAAUGGCAUAUCUCUUUUUUGACAUGAUUGAGCCUUAUGCAGCAAAGUUCCCAUCUUAUGAACUCUAAAGUUCUCUUAAAACUUACCUGAGACUUCUGGAAUGUACAAAGUUCAAGUGAACCUUGACAACAUUUUAGAAUUUUGAUAUUGUAGAGUUUGUACUUGUCUCUUUGGGCCUUUUGUACUGUAAGGAGAUUUUCCAGACUAUUGUCUAAUAUAUAUAAUAUUUUGUAUAUAUAUACCUUUUUUUUC